AUGGCGGAGGAGUCCAUGCGCUGGCUGGGGAAGGAGGAUGAGCGUCAGAAGGAGCGGGUGGCCGCCUCCAGGAGCAUCCGCGACGCCUUGGCGGAGGUUCCGGCGGACAAGCCGACGAUCGCCAAAGUCUCCACGCUCUUCGAGGGGGAGCACACGGUACGGAGCUUGGCGAAGAGCGGCGAACGUGUGGUGGCGUCAGUGACAGGUGGGAUGCUUCUUUUGAGCGGCACCUCGGGGUCUACGUGGUUAAACAAGGAGACGGAGCCGGGCUUCCACGACGGGCCCCUCACGAGCGCCCGCCUGGGCGAGCGUGCCUGCGCGUUGGCGAGUUGCCGCUGA